AGGCGGGAGCUGCGCGCAGGCAGGAGGGCGCUCGGGGCCAGGGCCGAGCUGCUGGCAAGGUGGGCUGGGUGGCGGCAUGGGCUCCAGGAGGGUUCCCAGCGGAGCCUGGGGCGCAGGGGGACGGGCCGGGGCCCGGGGCUACCUCGAGGACGACGGGCCCGUGUGGACCCCCAGCCCCACCAGCCGCAGCUACCUGCUGAACGUGAGGCCGGAGACCAGCUUAUCAAGCAGCCGGUUAUCUCACCCCAGCUCUGGAAGGAGCACCUUCUGCUCCAUCAUUGCUCAGCUCACAGAGGAGACCCAGCCACUGUUCGAGACCACGCUCAAGUCCCAGGCCGUGUCCGAGAACAGCGACGUCAGGUUCACCUGCGUCAUCACAGGAUACCCAGAGCCGGAGGUGACCUGGUACAAGGAUGACACGGAACUGGACCGCUACUGUGGCUUGCCAAAAUAUGAGAUCACUCAUCAGGGCAACCGCCACACACUGCAGCUCUACAGGUGUCAAGAAGAAGAUGCUGCCAUCUACCAGGCCUCUGCCCGGAACACCAAGGGCAUCGUGUCCUGCUCGGGGGUCCUAGAGGUGGGCACCAUGACCGAGUACAAGAUCCACCAGCGCUGGUUCGCCAGGCUGAAGCGCAAGGCGGCGGCCAAAUUGCGCGAGAUCGAGCAGAGCUGGAAACAAGGGAAGGAGGCGGCGGGAGAGGCCGACACUCUGCGCAAGCUCAGUCCCGACCGCUUCCAGCGAAAGCGGCGGCUGAGCGGGGCCGGGGGGCCGGUCCCCUCGGCCCCCACCAGGGAGGCUGAGGGCAGGGCCUCAGCAGCUUGGCAGGAGAGGGAGACCGAGCCUGGUCAGCACCCAGGUCUGGGCCUGAUGGACAGUUUUGCCCCCGGAGAGGUGACCGCCAAUGGGGAUGCUGCCCCUGAGAAUGGGGAGGACAGGGGUCAUGGCCUUUUGACCUACAUCUGUGAGGCCAUGGAGCUGGGGCCUCAGAGAGCCCCCCAGAAGGAGUCUGGAGCCAAGAAGAAAAAGAAAGCGGAGGAACCUAGGCCUGGCCUGCAGAAGCCGGAGUUAGAGCAGGCGGCCCGAGGCCACCUCUCUGAAAACUGUGUCCCCGGUCCAGACAAGCCUGACCCCCGAGGGACGGAGGGGCCCGUGGACGCGGAGCGAAUCCAGACCUGGCCCAGAGACCGGGUGCCUGGGCCUUCGGGGGCAGACAGCGCCAAGGAGCCGGGGUCCACCGUGGGCUCUGCAGACCAGGCCCAGAAGGCCCCGGCCCUCGGCCCAGGCCCAGACCGGGAAGUGUUCUUCUCCCUGAAGGACAUGUAUCUGGAGAGCACCGGAGCAGCCAGGCCUCAGGGGGGGGACGGCCACCAAGCACAGGGCGGCAGCAGGGCACCCGGGGCGACGCCUGCGGGGGAGGUGCCCGGCGCAGCGGAAGGUGAGAGGGGGCCUGCCGCCCCCGGCCAGCACAUGCCCUCGGCCCCUCAGCCACCCAGGCUUUUCAACAGGAAGAGAUUUGCCCCCCCGAAGCCCAAAGGAGAACCCGCCGCCACCAACAGCGAGCCCGAUUCUUCCCCGAGUCGAGCUCCUGAACCCAGAGCCCAGGGCUCAGGAAAGGCUCCGCCUCAGGUUUCUGCCCAGGUGCCUACACCCCCUUCCCGGCGGAAACACGGCACACGGGACAGCCCCCUGCAAGCAGGCCAUGGGACCCCGGGAGAGGUCCUGGAGUCCCAGGUGGCCGUGGCCCCUAUCGUAUUGGCUGACGGCAGCACCCCCAGAAGUCAGGGCGUCAUUGAGGCCAUGGAUACAGACCCCCAGGAGAGUAGAACGCAUGCUGACUGGAGACAGGGAGGCAGGAAGAGCACAGAGGUGGACGGGAAGAUGCAGGUGGAUGAGAGGACACGGGGAGGCGGAACAGAAGCAGCCACGAGGACACAGGCAGACAGGAAGACACAGAUGGACACUGUGACCCAGAAAAGCCAGGGAGAAGAGCCGGGCAGGGGUGCCCAGGAGGGUGCGCUAGUGCAGGGAAGGCGGAUGGAGAGGACGCAAGAAGAAGGGAAGACCCAGGCAGGUGAGAAGACCCAGGAAAAGAGAAGGACGCAGGAGGACCAGGGGACGCAGGCACAGGGGAGCGUCCCUACAGCCGCCCAGGUUCCGCCAGAGAGGAGGUCCGGGAGCAGCCUCAGCCCACAGCCCCGGGCCCCUGAGCCCUCAUCUUCAGAGGGUCCCGGGUCUCCUCAGAUGAUGGAGUGUUUCGAGCAGACCCCAGAAGGGUCCUCUGUCCUGGGGAAACCCAGUUUCGUGCUCAGGUCUGAGGAGACAGCAGUCACAGCCUCUGGUGACCAAGAGCAAACUCUGCUGCGUCCCCCGUCAGGGCGCCCCAUGCUGCCGUCACAGCUGCUUCCUGAGCGUAGCGUGGAGCAGACAGGAGGGGAGAGAUGCUGGGCACCGGAGUGGUCAGGCCCAGUCAAGGGCGCGCCGGCAGUGAGCCCGCCCCAGGGCCUUGCGCAGGGGCGGCCCGGGGAGGGGCUGGGCAGAUGUCCUCCCACUGGCCUGAGUCCUCAGGUGCCCACUCUGCCUUCUCCUGGGACUGGCCUGAUGGAUAGCCCACCUCAGGGGCUGCCCGGCACCCCCAAUUCCCAACACACAGGUGCAGCUGCCUUCUUGCCCUCUGGGGACCCGGCCUCGCUCAGCUCUGCUCCCACACUGCACCCGGGGCCGGGGACCCCCACCCAGAGCCACCCACUUGAACCCACAGCAGCCGGCAAUGAGGGGGCUUGCGCCAAGAUGCCAGAUGAGGAAGGGGCGCCCUCAGGCCCCCGGAGCUGUGACCCUGGCCUCAUAGAUUCCCUGAAGAACUACUUGCUCCUGCUGCUGAAGCUAUCCAGUACAGGGAUGAGUGGAGGGGGCCCAGAGUCUGGGGGGGCACCUGCACCCAGGGGUCUGGAACCCUCACCCACGCUGGCCCCCACCGUGGGAGUGGCCGGUCUGAGCCCACGGACGUCACGGCGCAUCCUGGAGCAUGUGGAGAAUGACCAUCUGGUGCAGAGCGCACAGAACCUGCUGCUCAGCCCCUGCACCACCCGCCGCAUCACCGGCCUCCUGGACCGGGAGGUGGAGGCUGGCCAGCAGGCCCUGGCUGCUGCUCGGAGCCGUGGUCCCAGCCCCCUCAAUGUCCCCACCAUAGUGGUGGGUGAGGAGGAGGGCCCUGGGGGUGGGCCGACCUCAGAAGCAUCCAGGAAGGGCGAGAGAGAGGUUCCUCCUGAGGGGCCCGGCCUCCCGGGAACCCCCCAGGAGAGAAGCAUGGGGGGUCUGCCGGGAGAGGCAGGUGGGCAGGCAGCCUCUGGCCAGGGACCCUGCUGGGAGGAGGGGUGCCCACAGGAGCCACCAGGGCUCCCCGCAGCCACCCCCGAGGAGCUGGCUCUGGGCGCCCGGAGGAAGAGAUUCCUCCCUAAGGUCAGAGCAGGAGGGGACGGGGAAGCAACCAAGCCUGAGGAAAGGGAGAGCCCCACGGUUUCUCCUCGAGGGCCCAGGAAGGGCCUUUCGCCGGGUUCCCCUGGGACGCCAGGGCGGGAGAAACGCUCUCCCACCCAGGGCCGAAAGGCAGGCCUGCUGGAGGUGCCGCGGGCAGAGGAGGAGCAGGCAGCCGGGGACCCGGGCCCCAGCCCCAAGGCCAGCGGGCCGGAUGCAGAGCUGGGCGUGGACGAAGGCAAGCAGGAAGCCGCCGACGACAAGUCGAGGAAAGCCAAAGACCUGCUAAAAGCCCCACAGGUGAUUCGCAAGAUUCGGGUGGAGCAGUUUCCUGAUGCCUCGGGCAGCCUGAAGCUCUGGUGCCAGUUUUUCAACAUUCUCAGCGACUCGGUUCUGACGUGGGCCAAGGACCAGCGCCCAGUAGGCGAGGUGGCCAGGAGCGCAGGGGACGAGGGCCCGGCAGCCCUGGCCAUCGUGCAGGCCUCCCCGGUGGACUGCGGGGUGUACCGCUGCACCAUCCAGAAUGAGCACGGCUCGGCCUCCACGGACUUCUGCCUGAGCCCCGAGGUGUUGUCAGGAUUCAUAUCCAGAGAAGAAGGUGAAGUUGGAGAAGAGAUUGAGAUGACUCCUAUGGUGUUUGCCAAGGGUCUGGCUGACUCUGGCUGCUGGGGGGACAAGCUCUUUGGGCGCCUGGUGAGCGAGGAGCUACGAGGCGAAGGACACGGGCACGGCCUUCGGAAGGCCUCCCAGGCCAAGGUCAUCUACGGGCUGGAGCCCAUCUUCGAGUCAGGCCGCACGUGCGUCAUCAAGGUGUCCAGCCUGCUGGUGUUUGGGCCCAGCAGUGAGACGGCCCUCCUGGGCAGGAACUACGACGUCACCAUCCAGGGUUGCAAGAUCCAGAACAUGAGCCGGGAGUACUGCAAAAUCUUUGCUGCUGAAGCCCGGGCGGUGCCUGGCUUUGGGGAGGUGCCUGAGAUCAUCCCGCUGUACCUGAUCUACCGGCCUGCGAACGCCAUCCCGUACGCCACGCUGGAGGAGGACCUGGGCAGGCCUCUGCAGCCCUACUGUUCCCGGGACUGGGGCUCUGCCACGGCGCCAGCACCGGGCAGAUUGGAGGCCGUGCAGAAAUGCCAGGCCUUCCAGCACUGGCUGUAUCUGUGGACGAACGGCAGCUUCCUGGUCACAGAUCUGGCAGGGGUUGAGUGGAAGAUGACCGAUGUGCAGAUUGCCACCAAGCUGCGAGGAUACCAAGGCCUGAAGGAGAGCUGCUUCCCCGCCCUGCUGGACCAGUUCGCCUCCUCCCACCAGUGCAGCGCCUUCUGUGAGAUGCUGGGGCUGCAGCCCCUCAAGGGCCCUGAGGCUGCCCACUCCCAAGCCAAGGCCAAAGGCUCCAAGAGUCCAUCUGCUGGUAGGAGGGGCUCCCAACUGAGUCCUCAGCCCCAGAAGAAAGGCCUCCCCAGUCCCCAGGGCACCCGGAAGAGUGCCCCGAGCUCCAAGGCCACUCCUCAGGCCUCAGGGACAGUCGCCACCCAGUUACUGGGACAGCCUCCCGCCCAAGAGGGGAGCUCGAAGGCCCAGGGCACGCGGUAGCCCCUGCGAGAGGCUGGGGGCCUUCGCCCAGCAGCAGACCAAGAAGGAAGCAGCUCGAACUGACGGAGACGUUGCCAAUGCAGACCAACCGGGAAGGCGCGCUGAGCGGGCAGCCCCGGGGGCCUCUCGGUGCAGCCUCUCCUCAGUCGGGUUCUCACCAGGUGGCUCUGGUGCAUGGCACACAGCCCGGUGGCCUCUUCUGGUGCCAUGUCACCCAGGGCUCCCAGGCCCCACUCCCAGUGCCCCAGGGGCCGAGGCCCUCCUUGAAGUUUACACUGGCCACUGCUGGAGGCUCCCCGCGUGCUCUGCAUGAGUUUGGCGCCCCCACCCCUUGCUCCAGCCAGACCCUGCUAUGAACGGCGCCCCCUGGGGUGUGGAGGCCAGCACUCACCCCCUGCCUUUGCUCCAUCCCCGAUCUCUCCCUGACCUCAGGGCUGGGGGCUUCCUCUGCUGUGUGACUCUCAGGGUGUCUCCUCGGGCUACUUUGCCUCAUUCGUCCCAGCUUAGCCUGCCACUAACCUGCCCCUGAGCCCCACUCGGGGCCUGUUCUGUCCUUGUGCAGUGGUCUUUGGUGACACGGGUUCUCGCUUUUCCUUCCCUCAUCUCUCAGGCCCUCACUUGCCUGCUUCUUAUGCCGUCUUGCACCCCAUCCCCCACCCCUAGCUUGGAACCCAGUUGCAGCCUGCUGCCUGCCCUUUACGACUCAGCUUGUCUCCUUGCCCGGUCCACCACCCGACCCCUCAGGACCCAGGUGAAGAGCAGACCCCCGUCCACUCCUUCCCUACUUCUCCACGCCCUCCUCCCCUGACGUGAGAAGUGGUAUAAGGGUGGUCGGCAGCUGGGGCCAGAGGGAGAGUGGGAACCUCAAGGGACUGUGUGUUCUCCACACUGACGGAGGCGGCUCGUGUGAAGUUCACAUCUCCUCCUGGCUGGGGUGGAGGUCCGGGAGUUUGGGAAGCAUGACAGCCAUCUGUCCACUGCGGUGGAGGGCGGCCUCUGCUCCUGGGACUCAGGACCCCUGUCCCCAUGCAAUAACUCUCCAUCCCGAAUCUCCAGCUCCAGGACCUAGUACGUGAGCUCCCAAGGAAUCGCUGUACUUGGCCCAGGACCCUGUGCCCUUCCUGGGAGCCCCUCUUGCAGGCCCUGGAUAUGGGGAGGGGGGUCUAGAGCCAGCCUGCACCCCUUGAAAUUCAAUAAAGGCAGCAACUGUGUUUCCUGCU